AUGAAGUUAAUAGUCCGGACAUCUAUCACAUUGUGUUCAUCUGUCUAUCUUGCAACCAGUUUCUUUGGAUUUCUUCUGUUUGGGGAUCACACGCUGGAUGAUGUGCUUGCCAAUUUUGAUGGUGAUCUUGGCAUCCCAUAUGGAUCAUUGCUUAAUGAUGUUGUGAGAGUGAGCUAUGGUAUCCAUCUGAUGCUUGUAUUCCCGCUUGUAUUCUUUUCCCUUCGCCUUAACCUUGAUGGCCUUCUCUACCCAUAUGCUAUUCCUAUUGCCUUUGACAACCGGAGAUUCUUCUCAGUUACAACAGCUCUCAUGGGUUUCAUUUUUCUGGGAGCAAAUUUUGUGCCUAGUAUCUGGGAUGCUUUCCAGUUUACUGGUGCCACAGCUACGGUCGCUGUGGGUUUCAUUUUUCCAGCUGCCAUCACGCUUAGGGACACUUACGGAAUCGCAACAAAGAAUGACCAGCUAGUUUCAUGGAUAAUGAUAUUUUUUGCUGUGUCGUCGAGCACUGUGGCUAUAUCCAGUGACAUUUACAGCAUUUACAAUGGCAAAGGAGUUAAAAGUUAAAUUUUACAAGGAAUACUUGUUUAAUGGCUCGGUUAUCAUACAACUCAAUUUUGCCCCAGUAAUGCAUAUUUGAUUGACAGAGAUACUCAACUGCAGUUGAACCAAUGCUCCAGCGCCCCUAUCGAUUUCAACAAACAACUUUGAAUCUUCUACGGGUCGAGUGAGUCUGAGUACACUAGCCUGGCAGUUUUAUUUCAACUUCUUUUGUUCCCCCUUCCCUUUAGGAAGUUAGGAUCUUGGGUGAAUUUUGGAAAUGAACAAAAGAAUUUAACUUCUGAAUGUGAAUAUUUAACAAAUUAUGAUGCUGAUGGUG